AUGAGCCAGCUCUGUGAAUGGCUUCUUACCUUUCUGGGGCAUUCUAAGUCUAUUAUUCGGCAUUCAUUAUCCCCCCUCUUGGCUUGCUCGAGUGCCUUGCUCAUCCCACAUUUGAACAAUAUGGGCAAUUUGGAGCAUAUUUUCUCGCUCAAAGAAAACAAGGACACGCCAGGUGAAACGCCCCAUGAGCCUAUCUCGCCAAAGCCCGCUCCAAAGCUGGCUGCCCCAAUUUGCGGCGGCUCGAAUGUGGUACCUCAACUGUAUAUUGUUGUGCUCAAACACGGAUUUGAAGAUAGUGCUUAUGACUCCCAUAAUGAAUGGGUCAACGACCAUCUCUCUGCGAUGGCAAAGAGAGAUGUCAUUUCCGACUUGCGGGACGAAGCUUUUAACUUGGUUGAAAAGGCUCUCAAGUUUGUGAGUAUUCCUUCCUUCAGAGGCUACGUCGGCUACGUGCCUCCCGCAUUAUUGGAAAUCCUUAGAACCAACCACAUGGUUGACUUCAUCGAACAAGACUCCAUCAUGCACAUCAACGAAUUUGAUACCCAAAGUGAUGCUCCUUGGGGCUUGGCCCGUGUUUCCCUGCGUGAAUUAUCUCAACCCGCCGCCACAGAAUAUCUCUACGACGAUGAGGGUGGAAAAGGUGUCACGGCUUACGUGAUUGACACUGGCAUCAAGGUGGCACACCCCGAUUUCGAGGGCAGAGCUGUUUGGGGUGACGCGGUGGCUUUCCCCAAGGUUCGCAUUGACGCACACGGCCAUGGCAGUCAUGUCGCUGGAACCAUUGGCGGAAAAACUUACGGUAUUGCGAAGAAUGUGGACUUGGUUGCUGUUGGUGUCAUGAAUCUCUUGGGCAGUGGAACCACGUCCGAUAUCAUCAAGGGCAUUGAGUUUGUCGUGAAAGACCAUCAAGCAAAGGUGGAUGCUAAACAAAAGGGAUACAAGGGUGCCACCAUCAACAUGUCUAUCGGUGGAGGUGCUUCGGAAGCUUUGGAUUUGGCUGUGAAUGCCGCCACAUCGGCCGGCUUACAUGUUGCCGUGGCUGCUGGAAAUGAAAACCAAGAUGCUUGUAGUGUCUCUCCCGCUAGAGCCAGCGGCCCAAUCACUGUCGGUGCCACAGACAACUCCGAUCAAAAAGCCGAAUUUUCCAAUUGGGGCAAGUGCGUUGACAUCCAGGCACCAGGAGUGGAUAUCACUUCCGUGGGCAUUUGGCUGGAGACUCAAACCAUGUCGGGUACCUCAAUGGCAGCUCCACACGUGACUGGUUUGUUGUCUUACUUGUUGUCUUUGCAGCCUGAGCUUGAUUCAGAAUUCUCUUCCAAAAAUCUCGUGACUCCGGCUGAGUUGAAGAGAAGAUUCCUCAAGUUUGGCACCAGAAAUGUGGUGAGUGGACUCGACCGGGAAAGUCCUAACAUUCUCGCCUACAAUGGUGCAGGUCAAGAUCUCUCCGAAUUCUGGAAAUUCUAA